AUGUCUUCCUCAUCAAGUGAUGAAGUUGAUGAAGCUAUAGAAGAAAUGGUCGACCAAGUAGUUGAUAAUUACAUCGACUCAAUAGUUGAGGUUCAAGCCAACAAGCCGAAAAGACGAGCUUAUAUCGACAUAGAUCGGGAAAAAGGACACAAUCAACUAUGGAAUGAUUAUUUCAAGGAAAAUCCUACAUACCCACCGGAAAUGUUUAGGAGGCGUUUUCGAAUGAACAAGCCAUUGUUCCUUCGCAAACGUAUAAGUAAGGAAGUUCCAUACUUUCAGCAAAGACGAAAUGCUCACGGAAGGAACGGGCUAUCUGCACUUCAAAAGUGUACGGCAGCUAUACGUAUGCUGGCAUAUGGUCAAUCGAGAGAUACAUAUGACGAAUAUCUCCGACUUGGUGACAGUACAUCACGUUUGUGUUUGGCAAAUUUCACUGAUGCAAUAAUAGAAUUGUUUGGAGAUGAGUAUCUACGAAAACCUACUGUCGAGGAUCUUCAACGAUUACUCGAUGUUAGAGAGGUACGGGGGUUUCCGGGGAUGAUAGGCAGCAUCGACUGUAUGCAUUGGGAGUGA